AAGUAUUUUGAGUAUGAGGCUUGUUAUUUGAGUGCUCACAACUCGGGCGGGUCAGGUGCCAUCCCAGCUCUUGGCCGUGUCUCCCUUUCUAGUGGCUUAUUUAGUUUAUUGGACCAAAUUGUAACUGUACUAUAUAAUUUUUUACUUGAACAUAGAUAACGUAUAUUCUGUCCUAUGUCUGUUCCGGUGAUCGAGCAAGCCUGUAAGUCCGUUUUGACGCUGGAAGGCACGUGCCCUGCUUUAAUUAUUUUCAUUCAUUCAAAAAAAUGUUUACUUUUAUGAGAAACAGCAAUGAAUAACACUGACACAGCUCCUGCCCCACCGUCUAUUUUUAAUAGGCUUAGGUCUUUGUAGUUGCAAGAUAAUAUUUUUCCUUUUAUUAUUCAUUAAUAAGAGAUUUUACAGACUUACAGAAAUUGAAUGCCGUAAAAACUUCCACAUUGCAUUCACAAUCAAAAAAGCGUUCUGAGUACGCCAUCGCCCUUACUUCAAAAUUGGUCCUCGGUUAUGUGAUCUUGUUAAUUUCUUCCCCAUUAUUCAAAGUUCUGUUGUGUUUUGUACUUGUCAGUUAAAGUAUUAACUAUUGGUAAGUUUCCUUUUGCAAGCUACCUAUCUAUAUGAAAAACAUGUUGGAAGCAAAUGUUGACGUUUUCUGCAUUGUUUACUCAUGGUGUUUUAUGAUGAACACAUGGGAGAAUAAACACAGCUUUGAUUAUCGAUGGCAUUUGCCCUUAACUAUCAAAGUACAUGUUUGACCUUUAACUUAAAUACGAAAGAAGUAUUGAUGCAGGUAAGUGUUGUAAAAAUUCACAGCUGUUAGACAAAUGACAAUCAGAACUGUGGAAUUUAAAAGCACAGAAACAGUUUCAGCACAGGGCUGUUCUUAGCCCGGCGUCCCCAGAGGAAUUUGUUUUAGUAGACCCUCUGAUGUAUGAUUCAUUUUUGCUUGUUAUGUUUCCGUGUGAGUCACUGUUUUAGAAUGUAAAACAUACAUUCUAAAAUACAUUCAUCUAAAUACAUUCAUAAAAUACAAACAUCUAAAUACAUUCAUAAACUAUACAUUGUUUUUAUGUGUGCAAGUUGCCCUAGAAAAAAAAAACGUGCGUUCUUAACACCAGCAAACACGGGAAGGGCAUUCUGAGGUGUUAGUUUCUAUUUGAAACAGGUAGAUGUACAUUUUCUACCUGGCUUCCCAAUUCUUAGAUCAAGGCAAAGGAGAAUUGUAAUCCUCUGAAGAACAUGGUAACCGCUCUUUGAUGCACAAAAAAGAAAGAUAGGAGUACACAUUUUGUUGCAGACUUUUCAGAACGGUAGUUACAGUACUUUUUAAAAGUUGUUCCUGUUCCCGCAAAAAAGAACCCAGAAGUAACUUGAGUUGCGUUUUAGUUAGGGUUACAUAAAUGUGAACUGUGUAUUUUUUAAUGCUUAGUUUAUCAAGCUCAAUAAUAAUGAAGUCUAACCAGCUGCUGGUUUCCUUUGUUUGAGGAAAUAAUUAGCAGCCCUUUGAAAUUAUUUGGUCAUUCAUAAGAGCCCAAAAUAGACUGAAUUUAAGGAAAUUAACUGUGACUUUAGAAUUAUGUUUUGUGAUAAAAUGAAUGAAAAUGAUGGCUUUAUGAUUUUAUUUCAGACUGUAAAAUACGUAAUAUUUUGAAAUAGUAAUAUUUCACAUCAAGAUUCAGAUUUUAAACUAUUGAAAUACUUCAACUCUAAAGGAUUUUUAUUAUAAAUGAGAUUGAAGAGUAAGCAUCCGUGAAAUUUUUAUGCAUCUACUUGAAAUGCAGCGAAAUUUCUCCUGGUCAGGAAAACUACAUGGAUAUCUUGUUUACCGGUCCACUUUGGUUUUUACACUUUUUUCCUACCCAAACCACCAUCCACCCAGAUAGGUAUGCUGUUGUUAUUCUAACCGUUGCUGCAAUUACUUAAAAUUUACUUCGCAAACUGCCUUUAUUAAAAGAAGCAAAGUCUUGUAUUUGUUUCCUUGGGGGGAUCGUAGUGGCAGCUCCGAUCGGGGGAACAGCACUGUUCCCUGGUCUUGUCUUUUAAGUGUCACCACAGGAUGUAUCCACUUGCAAACUCAUUUGCCGACCCGUCCUCCUCGUAGAACGCAGGCCUCUAAGAGCGAAAAAGGAAUUUUAGGGCUUCUGCCACCUCUUGACCACAUAGGUGCUGUCAGGAUAUUCAGCUUCUUUGGGCCUCUCCCCCUAAAAUGGCAGUGAUGGUAAAUCCACUUCUCAGGGCCACUGAGUCCCAGGGAGAUCACAGAGAUGAAAACACUCUGCACUUGUAAGGUAUUUAUAUUAUUGAAAUAACAUAAUAUACAAAACAGGCUUUCAUGUGCUUAACUACCCUACCAAAACCUCAGUAUGUGCCCUGGGCAAGUAAGUAUUUACAAAGUUAAUUUUAUUCUUUUGCAAUUUUGAUGUGCAGAAUUCAGUUCUUCCAUUUAUGCAUGUCCUGUGCUUUCCAAAAGAAUGGAGCUUUCGCUUUAACUUUUUAAAUAUCUUUUAUUAGUCACAAUUUUUAUUUUUCUCAUUUUUUAAACUAUGAGAAUAAUGCUGCUUUCAAAUGUACUUUCAGUAGUCUUGUAAUGAUGCUGGAAUGUCCUCUAGUAAAUACUUUAUUGACACAACAAAUUUUUAAAAGUACGACAAUUUGAUUUCAGGGGAAAUUAAUUAGAUUUGUGUUUGGAACGUUAAGUAAAAUUAUUUUCACUUAACUUGUCAUUAGGGAAUCCUUUCACUACUAUAUUUUAACUACUUGAUUUCUGUUACCCCUCUCGUGUUCUUACAGUCACGAUUUCUGAACAUUCGCCUUUAAAAUAUUCAGAGUUUAUUAAUCUAACUGUGUCCUGUAGUCGCUCCAGUAGAGAAUCCUAGUUUUUUCUCUGCCUCUUGACCAUUCUUUUCGCAUUUACUUGUACCAUCGAGAAUUAUUAACAGAUUUGUUUCCUGCGCAUGUCCUCAGUUUACUGAAGAUCAUGCUAAUAGGCAUUUUGUAAAGAUACUUUGAAGAUCUUUCGACAGUGACCUUUUAAAACCCAGCGACGCUCCGUUCCUGAUGCCUCCGCAGCACACCUGUGUAUAACUUCCCUUGCAUGCUUUUGAAAUCCAAAGAGCACAGAGUUAUCGCUACAUUUCAGCCAUCCUGCGCAGCAUUCCGAGAAAUAAACUGGCAGGUGUUGCAGGUGACCGAAGUGUAGCUCCGAGAAGCCCAUAAGUGUGUGCACUGUGGGCACACAAGGUGCUGGCUUCAGGAGUCUGCUGUCCUGUGGUUCCAGAUGCACUGAGUUCGUCUCUUCCGUACUAUUAUUAAGCUCAACAAAAUGCUGCUCGGUUCGGUUUACAAAGAGCGACUCUAACAUCCAUUUCUCCCAGUAGGCAAGUUAGAUUUAAAAAAUUAAAUUGAAUUUGGGAAAGAAGUGGGGAGUCAUUCAGCAUCACACAAUGCCAUUUAUGUAGGUAAUACUACUUUACCUUUUGUUUCUGCAUUUAUUUGGUCAUGUAAACGUGCUUAGAACUAAUACAAAUUUGCAACUGGUGAAAAUUAAUGCAUGACUUAUCAGCAGAGUAUGGAAUGUAAGCAUGUGCCAUGAAAUUGCAAUUCUCUCAUUCUUUAUUUUCUAUCACUUACGUGCCGGUCCCCUUUAGAGUGUAGUCCACUCUUAUUUUUUGUUUCAUAGAUUGGCCAAAAUGGGAAGGACUGGAUUCCGCUCUCUUCCACGAAGAGUCAAUGGGACUGGCUGAGAUCAAGGUCUGAGGCUCUUUCCACCUGUCACCAGUCCCUUUUUGCUUUCUUUUACGACCACAUGAAACUUGAGAAGCCACCUAAAGCUAAAUCAUUUAGUGGAGUUGGGCAGUUCCCAAGUGUCCAACAAGAAGGCCUGCUUUAGGCUGCGAUGGCCACUGUCAUUCCUGGUGAUUUGUCAGAAGUAAGAGAUACCCAGAAAGUCCCUUCAGGGAAACGUAAGCGUGGUGAAACCAAACCAAGAAAAAACUUCCCUUGCCAACUGUGUGACAAGGCCUUUAACAGUGUUGAGAAAUUAAAGGUUCACUCCUACUCUCACACAGGAGAGAGGCCCUACAAGUGCAUACAACAAGACUGCACCAAGGCCUUUGUUUCUAAGUACAAAUUACAAAGGCACAUGGCCACUCAUUCUCCUGAGAAAACCCACAAGUGUAAUUAUUGUGAGAAAAUGUUCCACCGGAAAGACCACCUGAAGAACCACCUGCACACGCACGACCCUAACAAAGAGACGUUUAAGUGUGAAGAGUGUGGCAAGAACUACAACACCAAGCUCGGCUUCAAACGUCACCUGGCCCUGCACGCCGCCACCAGCGGUGACCUCACCUGCAAGGUCUGCCUGCAGACGUUCGAAAGCACAGGAGUGUUGCUUGAGCACCUCAAGUCUCACGCGGGCAAGUCGUCCGGCGGGGUCAAGGAGAAGAAGCACCAGUGUGAGCACUGCGACCGCCGCUUCUACACCCGGAAGGACGUCCGGAGACACAUGGUGGUGCACACUGGAAGAAAGGACUUCCUCUGUCAGUACUGUGCACAGAGAUUUGGGCGGAAGGAUCACCUGACUCGCCACAUGAAGAAGAGUCACAACCAAGAACUUCUGAAGGUCAAGACGGAACCGGUGGACUUUCUCGAUCCAUUCACCUGCAACGUUUCCGUGCCUAUCAAAGACGAGCUCCUUCCGGUGAUGUCCUUACCUUCCAGUGAACUGUUGUCAAAGCCAUUCACAAACACUUUGCAGUUAAACCUCUACAACACUCCGUUUCAGUCCAUGCAGAGCUCGGGACCCGCCCACCAGAUGAUCACAACUUUACCUUUGGGAAUGACGUGCCCGAUAGAUAUGGACGCUGUCCACCCUUCUCACCACCUUUCUUUCAAAUACCCCUUCGGUUCUACCUCAUACGCGAUUUCGAUUCCUGAAAAAGAACAGCCACUAAAGGGGGAAAUUGAGAGUUACGUGAUGGAGCUGCAAGGCGGCGUGCCCGCCUCAUCCCAGGAGUCCCAGGCAUCAUCAUCUAAACUGGGGCUGGAUCCUCAGAUCGGCUCCCUAGAUGAUGGCGCAGGGGACCUGUCCCUGUCAAAAAGCUCGAUUUCCAUCAGCGACCCCCUAAACACACCAGCCUUGGAUUUUUCCCAGCUGUUUAAUUUCAUACCCUUAAACGGCCCUCCCUAUAAUCCUCUGUCGGUGGGGAGCCUCGGAAUGAGCUAUUCCCAAGAGGAAGCGCAUUCUUCUGUGUCUCAGCUGCCCCCCCAGACCCCGGAUCUUCAGGAUCCCGCAAACACUAUAGGUCUCGGCUCCCUGCACUCACUGUCCGCAGCGUUCACGAGCAGCUUUAGCACGAGCACCACGCUCCCGCGUUUCCAUCAGGCUUUCCAGUAGGAGUCCACGACGUGGACCGAAGGCAGAAAUCUGUGUGUAGCCCUGCCUUAGGUGACCGUGUGUAUUUUAGUGCCUACGUUAAAACAGCAUAAACAUUUCUGCUUUUGUACAGUACCGAUUUUCAUUAAGCCAGUAUGACAUAGAAACAAGCUUUUAUAAGCGAGCUUCGGAACCGUUUGCGUUCAGUUCUGUUUACCUGGGUAUUUUGUCCACGCUCACUGCCAAUUAAUUGUCCUGUUUUAAGACGGUUUUUCCUCUAGGGAAGCCAUUAUUAUCAGUAGCGGUAAAGUCUUACGAGUCCCACGUGCAAAUUACUUUUAGAUCUCAAAAUGUCCAGUUCUGUCCAAUAACCAUGGCUCUGCCUUUUGACAUUUGGCUCGUUAAAGAGUUUUGCAAUAGGAUGUAAAUUUUCUAAAAUGUAUGUGAAUAACCUGAGAGUUUUUAAAUUUUUACUAGUCUCUAAAUGGAUUCGUAAGCAAAUGUUUCAAAUGAAUUAAGAAUCCAGUUUGGGGAGAUGAUAGAUGUUUCUUUAGCUAUACCAUAAUUUCAGGUCAGUAUAUUUUGAAGACUUUGCUAUUGUCUGGCUCAGAUAUUUUGCUGUCUUUAUUAUGCACACGUAAGGAAAACGAAACCUAAACACAAAGCACCAGUAUUUAUAGCAGAAAAAGACUCCUGGGAAGGUGACACAGCAUUCCAUGGUACUCAGUAGUUGGCCUUAAAUCAGUACACAGGAUAUUUUUUGCCACGUUUCAAAGUUGCUCUCUUUCCGAUUGAACAGCGCUAGUCACGUUACGGCAUGGGACUCUUCAGAGUCAGUGUGUGGAUCGAUCUCUGGGCUCCUUAAUCCUUUCCGCCUUUCGUGGCCAAAGGGUGGGGUCAAGUGCAGUCAGCAGUUCUAUUUUAAAAUGUCGGUCCACAGUUAGCCCAGAAUCGAGAGCCGUUGUGGAACACAGGUGUUAGGUGUGUUUAUCCCAGAGCGGACCGUCUCUUCUUGGAUGGGGUGAUAGAUAGACUGCUAAGAAGGCAGAUGUGUGAUGUAAAGCACUUGGUUCGGCUCGGGAACCUGUCUAGGGAUCAUGUCCCUUGUUGCCAGGGUUGGAAACUAGCCUCUCGAGGCGUAAAGUCAAAGCAUAUCGCUUACGUCACUCUUACUUAACGUGAAAGCGACGAUCAAGAAGAGUGUGUUCCCUGGACGCAGCAGUUCUUAUGGGCUUUCCUCCUAGUAGACAACCACCAGCAUCCUUCUGAAGGUCACAUUAUAUUCUUCUAAGUGUUAGCUGGGACAUCCGCCUAAGAAACAGAUCUAUUAAGCACUUGCUAACACCUUAUUUGGGGACCCUGUCUGUUGGGGUGGGUAGGAGGGGGAAGGUUUAUAGAAGAGUGUAGAUCUCUUGAAAAAAAAAAAAAAAAAGAAAGAAAGAAAAAGAGAAGAAAAAUAUUUCUGAGUACUCAUUAGCCCUGUACGGAAGCUUCUUUUUUUCAUUCACAGGGCCGAUUAUCACUGCAGAUUGCGAUGUUUACCCAGAAUUUCUAAAACUGAGUGCAGAUUACGGAAUAUAAUACGUUAUUUAAAAUAUUUGGGAGUAGUAUAAUUUGUGGAAAAAUGUAAAUUGUAAUAAUGUAAAGGGGGGGUUUCACUAUAUAUAUUAUACACACACACAUAUAUCGCACUUCAUAGAACCAGAGUUGCUCUCUUAAGGGAGCUUUGGCUCCUGAUACUUUAUCAUGCUCCUAUUUUUUUUUUUAAAUUCUAGGAGCAGUAGUUUUUAUACUUAUGUAUUUAAAUUUUAUUAUUAAAAAAUUACAUUUUAUAAAAAGUGUGUUCCAAAGGCAUUAAAAUUAUAUAUGUUAAUAAGGAAAUACAUUUAAAAAUUUUUUCAAACUGCUCCUAAGCUUUUGAUUAGGAGACUAUUUGCUCUGAAAGUAGGCUUUUAGCUCUGCUUUAUUACUGCUUCCUUUAGUUUCUAUGAAACAGAUUGCUUACUUAAAUCAUUAGUUGAAUGAUUAGUGUUCAAUAUUGCUUUAAUCACCAUUAAAAAAAAAAAAGGAAAAAGAAAUUGGUGACAGAGCACAAAUAAAUAGAAAACCUAUUUUUAAGUAAACGUCACAAAUACAAGUGUGGAAGCACUACUUUGUCUAAAAUUUGCUUCAGGAGAAGUCAAAUUAAUGACCUGAGACGCUGGCCUUGGUAGGCUGUAUUUCACUGGUCAUAAACGAUUAAAAAGGGAGUACCAGGAUUUAUGCAGCAAAGCAUUUUGGAAAUGGGGAAUGGCACCAUAUGCGUGUAUAUCUUUUUAGCCUAAUUCUCGCCCUGCACGGAAUUCAGAUACACGGAGGCAUUUCUUUCAGGGCACCUGGGUUAGAAUUGUAGAGUCUUAAUAUUCACGUGAACACCCCUCUCUGCCUGUCGCUGCCUCACAGACUUGAAAUAACGCUUCCGAGGAAGAGGGACUUUCAGCUCUUUUGUUUCUCACAUUGACUCUACUGGUCACCAGACCCUUUUGGAGAGAAUUUCUGUUAAACACGAGGCAGCCUCAUUUACUUUAAUUGCACAAUGGUCUAACAAGGAUGCAACACAGAACUGGCUCUUUUUUCCUAGAAAAAGAAAAGUGGACAUGUGUUUUUCCAUCACCUGGAUGUGUUAAAAAUAAUGAUUGCCAAUGCUGUUUUUCACUCUCCCCGUGGCCAGAAGCCUCAUCCUUGAAAUUUCUAGUAGUGCCUUUGCUUGGUUUAAAAAAAAGAAAAAACAAAAAAAGGGAUUAAGUAAAAACGUAAAAAUAAUUCAGUUUCUUAGAAUUUGGACCUCAGACAAGAUAUUGAACCUCAUUCAGUUUGAACUUCCACACGUGUGUACAGAUUCGAUCCGCAGACACAAAAGCGCCAGUGCGGAAGGGUCUUGGCACCGUAAGCAAUAUUAUCCACUGAUGUAUGCAAAUAUCAUCUUCAUAGUAAAGUGGUCACUGUUACAAUUCACAUUUUAAACUCCUAUUACCGAGUGCAGUUUGCAGAACUCCGGUCGUCCUGGCUGAUCACACAUCACUCUUUGUGCAACUUUUUCAUUUCAUUUCAUUUCAUUUCAUGUUUCUUCCAAGCUGUGUAUUUCUGCCUAUUUGUUGCUUGUGCUUUAUUAGUCAUUUGUGGAAUAUAGUGAUAUAUUGUGUUAAUUGGGACAGUAGCGGUUUUUAAAAACCAUAUACUGACUGAAACAUGAGCCAGAGCUGACUGCUUUAUUAAGCUAAUAAUGAAUGUUAAAAGAGUACAUAAUUCAGGAUCGUUCAUCUAGUAAGCAAUACACGUAUAUAGGCCAAUAUUUUUUUUAAAAAAAAAAAUAGAGCUUGGUCAACCUCUAUACUACACAUAUUACAAGAUAUAGCACUUUCAAAACGAAUCUAAACCUUUACAGAAACUUUCUUAUAGGUUAUGCCUUUUAUUUUAAGACUUAUUAUAAUUUGUUUCAAGUGCCAUUAGAUGAUAUAUAUGUAGGCCUUUGAUAUAUAAUGCUUUGUGUUCAAAAAUGGUAGAUGGUAUUUUAAACAGGUACAUUUUUACAGUGUUUUCUUAUCAAUUUGCUAUAUUGCACAGAAUCAGUGUGUGUCUUUUCAUAAGGUUUUACAAUGGUUUAUUUUUUUACAAGGUUUACGUGUCUCAAAACACACUGUCUUCCCAGUAUGUAAAUUAAAGAAUACCAGUUCACCCAAGUUGCUUCUAGCCUACUGAGAUCCACGUGACAUUGGAGGAGAUCUUCUAAAUGGCGAGCAUUCGUCAUUAGCAAUGGCAGACUGUUGUCUCUGACGAGUAGUGCCUCAGUUGACUCUGUCUUCUUUUUCUCGCAGGGUGUCAGCAGCCAUGCCUACACCACAGAUAGUCUUGCUGUGAUCACCUAGAUCCACGCGAGUCGUGUUGUGUAGUUUUGUGCUAAGAACCCUCCAGGGCGCCCUUUCGAUCACGUAGAGCAGACCGAUGCCACCAGCAUUGGUACAAAGGCACACGUAGGCCCUCGUCCCCCUUAGGCCCUUCUACAUUAUCAGCCCUCUGAGGAUGGAAAGGCAGUGUCUUUUGAUAAGUGCUCUAGCUCUAGAAAUGACAAGAACCAUUGCUAAUGUAUGAAACACUUCCUUGUAUAAGCUUCAGUGGUACAGACGAACCAGAAUGAAUGUUUAUCUUCUCAGAAACACUCCUUCGGUAUUAUGUUGGGUCAUGCUGCUAAUGGAACUUGGGAUACAACUCUUCAUGGUGCUACAAACUUCUCUGUCUCGUUCAGUCAUAUUUUUGUAUCCAUAGGAAAACAAGAGGACUCCAUUAGGCGUAAAGGUGUACAAUAUAUUUUUAUACUGUGACUCAAUUUGUCAUGAACAGACUUUUACAGCACCCACCACAAUGUAUUCGCGUGCACUUGCAAAAGGAAAUCUGGGACGUGCAAAUGUUACCGGAACAAACCCAGCUUUUGUCUGCGAGGUGACUAUUACUCAAAGUGAAAAGUGGGCUUCGUAAUACGGUGUGGAGUGAAGAACAUGCUGUAGGUUACUAACAGCCCUUUGAAUUUAACAAAAACUGGGAAUCCACUAGGAAAUGGAUUGCAUCAUGCCUGAGCAUAAGCUGGACUGCUGAAAUUGUACUUUUAGCUGACGAGAAAGUGUUUGGACUAGUACUCUCAAGAUGUUCUAAUGAUAAAGGUGUGAGUCAGAAUAGACCAGAAAAAUCUGCAUUCCAGGCUGAAUUUUUGUAUAUUUUUCUUGCAUUUAAAAAUCGCUCUUCUGUGAUAUGGGGAAAUCAAGUGGCUUAUCAUGUAUAUCGUGUACUUAAAAUGUAUUCACAAACUACUGUUGUAUUUGUAUAAAAUAUAGACAAAGAUCGUAUUUUUUGUGUGUGUAUAAGCUCUGUAAAAUAGCAAUCACAUUAUGAAGCUGCACUGAUACAUUUUAAACAUCCACAUCCAAAGAAGCAGGCUAUUUAUUGUCCAGUUACCCAGAUAUAAAAUAUUACUUUGCUGCUAAUUAAACAAUAGUACUGCAGCUUUUUGUGGCCUACAGUGUGAUGUUUGCUGUAAGAAAAAGAUAUGUGAACUCCACAGAAUAUAUGAAUAAAAUUCUAGAAUGGCUUUAGAUAAUGUAGCCCUUCCUGAAGUUUUAAUGGAGGAUCAACUUCUAUUGGGUAAAACUCCUUUUCUUCACUUUGAAUUUUAAAGAUUUUCUCCUGGGGUUAACAUAAGGUUCUAGUAGCUAGCUGGAGGACAGUGCUUGGUUGUUGAAAGGAAAUGUAAAGUUCCAGGGGUUCUUUUGUUGGAAAACUCUCGUACCUUUCAAGGAAGGAUAGAAACUGUAAAUAAAAAACAGUCGAAAUAUCACGCAUCAAAACUUUAAUCCAGGUGAGAGUCCAGAAAAAAGAAUUCCCAAAAGGCCAUUAGAAUGUAUAAACCCAUAAUGGUUCUUGUUCCCGUGACAGAAGAUUGGCCUUAAGCAUUCCUUUCACACGAAGUGUCGGCCGGUUCCGGUAAAUUAUCCUUUUGGAGGUUCCCUGGGGGCUCUUCGUCUAAAAUUUUGCUGAAAACCCUCCCGUGACGGUUAACUGGACCAAAACGCACACACCGCUUCAUCUAAAACUCCUCGGUUAAACAGUAAUGCAGCUUCAGAAAGAGAGAAAUGGUCGGAAGAUUCAGUGAGUAAUCUGAGCAGAACCAAUUGUAGAAAUAAUUUGUCACGGAUCCCCCAGCACCUCUUUCAGUGUGAGAGGAAACCUCCCUCUUUAUACCUUUGGCUCUCCCGAUUUAAGGCUCACCUCCUCCUUUCCCGUACUUCAUUCCAGAAGAUCUAAAAGCGUUUCUUUGUUAACUCUUAACGUUAGCGCUCAAGACAUUCUUAUUUAAAUUCGUGCAUAUGAAACAUUUCAAGGACUGUCGAUCAAAACAAUGCUUUCCUUAGUUACAAAGGCUUAGAAAAACUAUGUUUGGGAUUAAUUCACUCAAGGUAUUCUCUCCCUAAUG